UUUCCCUGCUAUACUCGGGCACACUUGUGAAAGAGACCUCGGUCUCAAGUAUACGCCCUGUAUAAAUAAAGGAAUUAUUUUUAACAAAGGAAGAAAUUCCGGAUUCUUACGCAGGAUUUUAUCCGCCCGAGAAUCUGUGCCAUGCUGGAUGUCCCGCACAACCAAGUAAACCAAUGAGGGGGUAAUGAAUAUCCGUGAAUUGCCGGCCUGUUUCCAGGGGCGACGGUCCAAGUAAACAACAGCCUCUGGCGCCCGUUGAAGCAGUACCCCGGUAGUGAUUGGCAGCUCGACCUCACUCUCAGCCACAGAAAGGAUUACCAGCCUUCUUAGAAAGUUUAUUAUCAGAAUAACAAGGCUCCAGUAAAUCUAAAUUCCACCCCUUUGGACUACUCUGGACGUAUCUUGUAUCAUACAAUAAUUUUUUUAUUUUUUAACUCGCAUUAUAGUUAACAACAGCCCCGUGUUGUAUCGACUUGAGAACCUGGACUGUUUGUGGAGUUUAGAGAUGGCCAACAGUAAGUCGAGCUUCAGGCGGACUACGUCGGCGGGUUAUCGCAUACCGGAUAGAUCGGCGGUCGCCCUGACAUCCCAUUCCUCCGCCUCGGUGUGCAGGCAGCAGCCGGGCAGGACGCGGAGCACCGGGGGCGGCCCAGCACCCGCGCCGGAUCCAGACACGAGAGACCCAGUCAAACAGGAUCAAGUGUGGAGGGAGUACAUUCAGACAGAGUGGGCAGGAGUCAAGCAGUGGCAAAAGAACUGGGGUUUCCUCACAAAUUAUGACCAGCUGGGGCGCCCUCGAACAGAGACCCCCCUCCCCAGCUAUGUACCCGUGUUUUCGGACAGCGUCCCUAACACUACCAGCCAGGCGCUGGGCAGCCGGAUGUGCACGGACCUGGGCCAGGCGCUGAUCCGAAUGGACAACCUGCUCCUGCUCAACUCCGCGGGCCACCGCAAGACCAAACCCAGCCCGGAAAUGCAGCCCUGCUAGAGCCAGGCCACACCAGGCCACACCAGGCCAGGACCAUAGACUGUAUGGCCAGGGCCGGAGUGCAGUUCUCUCGAAUGUCACUUGUGAACUGAACUCAGGAGCAUCUGAUGCUCCACCAGUCAAAUGAAGGUAUACACACUCGGAUACUCGUGUUUGAUUGGUCGAGUGUCACAUGCUCCUUGAAUGAAGUUCACAGGUAAAAGUUCUCCAGGGCAGAAGAUUUAGUGGACUGGGCCGUCUGCCCAGAACUCGCUAACACUCGUCUUUCAAUGUCUACCCCAGUCCUCUAGGGGGCGAUAGCAACCUAACACCAUUUUACCUCCGAAUUUAGAGUCUUCCUUUCAGGUUAUAUGCGUCUUCUUCCUGGUUUGUUUGGUAAGUGACGUGAUAAGAUUUUAGUGAGAAAACAGAUGAUACGUGAAUGUAAUGGAUUUUAGACAGUGUGCUUUGAAAAUCAACAUGAAACAUGACUGUUCUUUUUAAAAUGUCUUUUUACAAUAAUCUGCCAAUAUUUUCUUUUAACUGCACUAUUUCAGUAGGUUGUUAAUAUUUCAGUUAAAUAACAGCUUUACAAAACUUUUUUUUUUUCAAUGUCUGACUUAGCCAUUGUCCAAAUGAAUAUAUCUUUGACUUGGACAAGAAGUGGAGGGUUCUCCACUUUCCAAGAGAGAAGGUCUGAAUCGUCCUCUUCCAUAGGUGCACAGAUAGAGGACUUUGUGCCAAAAGCUGUCCUACAAAGUUUGUCCCUCUGCUGCUUCCGUAGGCUGGUGUGUUUGCAGCUGUGAAUCAGCUAAGUUUCUUCCAUUAAUAAAGAUGCAAACUUUUGUAUAA